GGUGGGUACUGGCCCACAACAGUGACUUUGUUGGGACAUUGUCUUUCCUUGAAACCACACUGCUGGGACUAUCAUGGACUCACACUACAUCUGUGCCCGCUGCCAUGGCCAUUCAGUGCCCGAAGGACUGCUGUUCUGGUGAAAGUGGCAAUAUUUUGUGAGGAAGCUGACAACGUGGUUUUCAAAAUCUGAAAUUGAAUUGGCAAAAGUCCUCCCCUGACCCUCCUCCGCCCACCAUGAGCUCCUGGGUUGUGAACAGGAAAGGAGAGCCACAGUACCGCCGGCACUUCCUGACAGACAACAGCACCUUUCAUGUGGAGCGAUGCAUGAGCGUGAUGCAGUCCGGGACACAGAUGGUGAAGCUGAAGGCAGGAUCUAAAGGGCUGGUGAGACUGUUCUACCUGGAUGAUCAUCGCUCCUGCAUUCGCUGGAAGCCCUCACGUAAGAGUGAGAAGGCCAAGAUCACCAUUGAUUCACUCUACAAAGUGACAGAGGGAAGUCAAUCAGACAUCUUCCACCGGCAUGCAGACGGCAGCUUUGACCCGGCCUGCUGUUUCACAGUGUACCAUGGAAACCACAUGGAGUCCCUUGAUCUGGUGACGUCAAAUGCAGAAGAGGCCAGAACCUGGAUAACUGGCCUCCGCUACCUGAUGGCCGGCAUCAGUGAUGAGGACUCGCUGGCGAAACGACAGCGUACACACGACCAGUGGCUGAAGCAGACAUUUGAGGAGGCGGAUAAGAACGGAGACGGUCUCCUGAACAUCGAAGAGAUCUACCAACUUCUCCACAAGCUGAAUGUCAAUCUGCCACGCAGGAAGGUCAAACAAAUGUUUCAGGAAGCCGACACAGACGAUCGGCAGGGCACGCUGACAUAUGAGGAGUUCUCCGUCUUCUACAAGAUGAUGUCUCUGAGACGGGACCUGUUCCUGCUGAUGAUGGCGUACAGUGACAGGAAGGACCACCUGACAGUGGAGGAGCUGGCCAACUUCCUGCACAUCGAGCAGAAGAUGGCCGAUGUGACUCCAGAGUAUGUUGCAGAAAUCAUUGAAAAGUUUGAGGUGUCUGAUGAGAAUAAACAAAGUGGCGUCUUGGGGAUUGAUGGUUUUACAAGUUUCAUGCGCAGUCCACCGUGUGAUAUUUUCAACCCUUUGCACCACGAGGUGAACCAAGACAUGGAGCAGCCUCUGUGUAACUACUUCAUCGCCUCCUCUCAUAACACAUACCUGACUGGAGACCAGCUCCUCUCCCAUUCCAAGACCGACAUGUAUGCCUGGGUGCUGCAGUCAGGCUGCCGCUGUGUAGAAGUGGACUGUUGGGAUGGCCCUGAUGGAGAGCCGAUGGUCCAACACGGCUACACUCUGACCUCCAAGAUACCGUUCAAAUCUGUCAUAGGGACCAUCAAUAAAUAUGCCUUCAUAAAUAACCAGUACCCAGUGAUUCUGUCCAUAGAGAACCACUGUAGCAUCCAGCAGCAGAAGAAAAUUGCUCAGUACCUGCGAGACAUCUUUGGAGACAAACUAGAUGUGAGAGAUGCACUGAGCAGAGAUUCAAAAACACUUCCCAGUCCUCAACGCCUGCAGGGCAAGAUACUCAUCAAAGGGAAGAGUCUGCCUGCCUAUCUGUCUGCGGACGCCGAGGAAGGCGAAGUGUCUGAUGAUGACAGCGCUGAUGAAAUUGAGGAUGACUUCAAGCUUAGGAGCAGUAAUGACAAUGGUCAUCACCAGGUGGAAUCUCACAUCAGAAAAAAACUGGACUCUCUACUGAAGGAGUCUCGGAUAGGUGACAAGGAAGAUACGGACAGUUUCAGCAUCCGAGCUCUGCUCAAGGCUACUCACCAGGGUCUUCAGAAGAACCUGCGGCAGAGCUCCAAAGGGGUUCUGAAGAAAUCCCAAAGCAGAUCCUUCAUCACGACGCUAAAACAGAAGAGGCACUCCAAAUCCAGGCUGUCAUGCCAAAGCAUGGACAAGGAGGAGGACAUUCAAGAGAGGUCUGGGGGGGAGGCCGGACAGUUCAACAGGGGUGGAAGGAAGAGGAAGACGAUGAAACUGAGUAGAGAUCUGUCAAAUCUGGUGGUGUUUACCAACUCCGUUGCCUCCCAGGAGUGCCUGAAUGAAGGUACUCCAGGUGACGUUCUUUCAUUCAGCGAGACCAGAGCCCAGUCUUUGGUCAAUCACAGAGCUGAACAAUUCCUGGCUUUUAACCAGAGGCAGCUGUCACGUAUUUAUCCCUCAGCCUAUCGUAUCGACUCGUCCAAUUUCAACCCCCAGUUCUACUGGAACGUGGGUUGUCAGUUGGUUGCUCUGAACUACCAGACAGAGGGCAGGAUGAUGCAGCUCAACAGAGCCAAGUUCAUGGUGAACGGAGGUAUUGGUUACGUCCUCAAGCCCCCUCCCAUGUGUAAAGGCUCCUUCAACCCAUUCAGUGAGGACCCGCUUCCAGCUUAUCCCAAGAAACAACUCAUCCUCAAGAUCAUUAGUGGACAGCAGUUGCCCAAACCACCAGACUCCAUGCUGGGGGACCGUGGAGAGAUUAUUGAUCCUUUCGUCGAAGUAGAGAUCAUCGGCCUGCCAGUUGAUUGCUGCAAGGAACAGACUCGAGUUGUUGACGACAACGGUUUUAAUCCAGUAUGGGAGGAGACUCUGUCCUUUACACUUCACAUGGCUGAGGUGGUUUUGGUGCGUUUUCUUGUCUGGGACCAUGACCCAAUUGGAAGAGACUUUAUUGGUCAACGUACUGUUGCCUUCAGCAGCCUGAUGCCUGGUUACAGACAUGUUUACUUGGAGGGGCUAACUGAGGCGUCCAUCUUUGUGCAUGUGUCAGUGCAUGAUGUCUAUGGAAAGGGUCAUCAGCUGCGAGGUAUCCGGAGUUUGUUUAACCGCUCUUCCAAGUCCUCUGUGGAUACUAACUCCGGUGGCCUUCGGAAACGCUCAAUCAGUGAUCACCUCCUGCGGCGCACAGCCAGCGCCCCAGCAAAAGGUCGGAAGAAGACCAAGAUGGUGCUGUCAGAGUCAGUGGCUUCAAUAUCAGACCAAAAUAAUGGCACAGGUGCAAGAGCAAGAGAAGAGGGCAUGUCAGGGAAGGAAGUAGGUGUGGAGAAAAGUUACGAGCCACGAGGCCCCCUCAUUCACAGACCUAUCUCCAUGCCCUUAGACAGGCUUCUGCAAGGGCAGCUAUCCCUCUGCUCCCCAGACAAGGAACAAAAUGAUAUUGGCUCAGACACGGUCAUCGGAGCUGGCUCCUUCAACAGACCCAGGUCUUCUUCUUUGGACCCUUUCAUCGAAUCCUCAUUUUCUAUUGAACCAAACAUCUCUUCCCCUUCUAAGACAUACAUCAAUAGAAAUGAAGACUUGGACCAAUCAGAGAAGUCUUCUUAUCUGGUUAUUGAUGGAGGCAAAGUAAGAACGGAAGAGGAGUAUGCCAAUUACCAGUUAGAAGACAACAGAGUCAAAUCAAAGAUCAUCACCACAGGAGCAGAGAAAAAUAGUUUUUUUUCGCCUUCUAGGAACAUCCAGAAGAGAUCGGAUGAACCAGAGACAUCAUCACACAGCACAAUAUUUACAGUUGCAACUUCAAUCUCCUCAUCCUCAUCCUCUGGCUCCUCCUCUUUGCCUCCUCUUUCCCCUAUCAGUAGGGACUGUGAUAUGAAGAGUCCAAGCUCUUUGCAUGACAGCACUAUCUCCAGACUCAUUGAUGCUGUGUCUUUAGGCAAUGAGCAAGACACUUGUGGCUCUAUUUCUGCUCUUAUUGGUCAGUUUGAAAGCUCUGUUGACCAAAGCAAAUCACACACAUUAUCUCAUGUUCAUAUCCCUUUCCAUCAUUCAAACCAUAGGCCUACCACCCCUAUCACACUGCACGAUUUAAGGUCACCUCUGAAGACCGUCACUGCCUCUACUAACAAGAGCCACUUAAGUCCUCAAAAAGUAGCUGAAAAAACAAAUCAUGAAAUCCAAUCACCACGCAAGAUUUCCCAGGCAGGAGCACCUGCUCCAGCUCUCCUCUCAAGCCCAGAAACCGCUGAGCUUGAAGAGGUCUAUACCAUUCUGGAUGAGGAGGUACUGUCGCCUGUAUCUGUGUACAACCUGAGAAAGCAGACGGUCCAUGUUCAGACAGACACUAGAAACAGCACACCUUUAAAUAGCUUGGGGUCCUCUCCAGCCAAGGUGGUGCAGAGUUUAAGAAAAGGGCACAAUCUGGGCUGGGAUGACGUGAACAAAAAAAGGGGUGGAAGUGAAGAAAGUGAGGCGACAGAAGAGAGUGUGUACGAGGAAGUGUAUGAUCCACCAACACUAGCAUCAGUACCAGGAAGAGAGCAAAGUACUUCUAAAAGGUACACAGGCUCCUCUGUAAACAAUAACUGUUUCCAGUUUCUCCAUGACUCAGCUGGAAAUGCUUUUACAGAAGUGGAGAUAAACGUUGAUGAGGAUCCAUUGGAGAUGAUGGUGACCUCGCCGAAACAUGGCAACCAAUGGCAGGGACCCAUAAAUCCAACCAAACGGCAUGCUAUUUACCAAAAUCACGAGUCCACUCUCAACCACUCCCAACAAAAACAGCCUUUGUCAUACUGUGAUCCUCAAAAGCACUACCCGUCACAUGUAUUGUCACAGUGUCCCACUCCAAUGAAUCAAUCUUUCUAUCAGCUGGCCAAUCAACACCAACACCAGAACAACUCCCAGGCUUCUCCCCUCCACAGACCCAUCAUCUCUCGAUCUUCCAAUCCUAGUCCACUGCGUCAGAACAGCUACCCUGUUCCGCAGAGCAAUUCUGAUGCCUUUAACAACAGCAACGACUUCAGGAGUUCCUACACACAACAAAGGAGCUAUAGUGGCAACCAGAACAUAAACAGGUCCCAUCAAGAUAGGCUAGGGUAUAACCAGAUGGAGCAAGUAAGGUCUUUCUAUAAUUGUGUCUCCUCUUCUGAAAAAAUCCCCCCUGGCCAAUCUGUUGUGUCCGCAAACAUUGGAAGAGAGAGAGGCCGAUAUCCCCCUUAUUCAGACUGUGAUGCAGUGUACAGCCACCUGGACUAUGACUGCAUUACGCCCUCAUCAGAGUCUUCAGCUCCUCGAAAAACCCAGCCAUGCAGUCAAAGUCAAACACAAUCAUACACCCCGACUCAUUCCUGGAACCAAAACGUUUCCCUCAUCACUACAAGACAUCAGACACACCCUGAAUCCAGAGAUUCUCUCCACUCAAACGUAGGCCCUACAUCAACACAAACCCAGUUUGGUACCAUAGACCCCAUAGCCCCCAGUCCAUGUAAAUCCAAGUCCCUGGGAGACCUGACCUCGGAAGAUAUUUCAUGCAACUUCCAGAGCAAAUACCACAUUAUAAGUCGCAGUUUCAUCACUCCCCAUAUGAGGAAGCAGAGUAGGAUGGGCAUCAUGGGGGAAGUAACCUUCCAAUCACAGUCUUGUGAUCCACUUACAGAACAACUACGUAAGCUGGUCAGUCUAGAGGGGGACGACAGUGACAGACCCCAGCCUCCUCAGUUGAGUCAGGAAGCAAAACCCCCACAGCCACAGCCACAGGUAACAAGUGUAGCUUAUGUUGAUCCCAGGGAUGUAGAUGAUUCCCCCCCACUCCUUACCCGCCGCCUAUCUUCUCGGAGCCAAAGCCGAGUGCGUCACAUUAACAGCCGCGCUCGUGAAAAACUGCAAGAGGCUCUAAAGCCUCGGGCGGGUGUGGUGAUCAAUAGUUCUGCCAGCCUUGGUGGGGUUGUAUUGAGGAAUAAACCAGCCUCACAAAAUCCACCAGCUAAUAGACACUCAACUGGUUCUUACAUCGCAGGCUACCUUGGUCAGCUGGAAGACAGGGGACUUCCUGAAGGAGCUUGUACAUCAUUGCGUUAUAGAAAUGGGGAUCAUUUUGGAGAUCACUUCUACACAGAUGACUCUCUUCCACCUGCUGACUCCAACCACUCUGCGUCAGAGCCUGAGGUCUACUUUCUGCUCAGACUGUAGCUCUGACCAUAACCUAAAAUGAGAUUAAUGAUAAAGCUGUAAUUCUUGAUGAUGUUCAAUUACACAAAAAGCCAAACGAUCAAGGAAAUAUAUACUAGCCAUUGUUUUUUCCCAUGUUCAAAGACCAGUAGGCUUCCAUCAUGACAGUGAAAUACAUCUUAUUCUGGAGAAAGAUAUAGUCUGUACAAUGUAUGUGAAACAUCACAUGUAAUCCAUAGCUGGAUCUGACAGCAUGAAAUUAUUGUGUGAAAUGUACUCUAUUCAAGUAAAUGGUCUUUCUAGUCUGGCAGUGUAUUGUCUGUAUUCUGCUUCAUGUGUAAAUGUACUUGGGAACUUUGAUUCCCUCCAAAUGGCUUCCUUGACUGAUUGUACAGAUACUUGUUAUCUUUGUCCCUGUGAUGUACUUUCCAAACUGCGAACAUUGACUAUGAAGCAAAACAAAACAAGAAUUGGGUUUUAAGCAGAGAGGGAAUGUCUGUCUUUGUAUCAUUUGAAUGUGUAAUAUAAUCAAACAGCUCUUUUAAUAGAUGGGCUUCAUCUUUUCAAGGAUGAAAUGUAAGUCUUCCUUCUCUUUUCAGUGGUAUUACACUUCAUGUGUGAUGUGUGUAAAUAUUGAUGUCAUUGUUUUAAAUCUGAGAUGGGUUUUAGUUGAGAGCCAAUUCCAACUGAACAUUUUUGUUUGUGCAUGUUACCUGUUCAAACAUGUCAAGCAUGACUAUGCACCAAUUCAUACAAUAGAUGUUGCAUCGCCUAACAACAUUUGCACAGAACAAAUAGCUGCAUUGGAUACAACAGAGGACAAAGGCUUGUUUUUAUUAGGUGCAAUACAGUACAUUAACUUCUUGCUUGGACUUGUUGCUCUCUAUGAUUUGUAGAAUUUGUAGAUUGCAAAUUUGAAAGAUGUGGAGUUUAAAGGUCUUAUUUUUAUAAUUGCUUUGAUACAGACUGCAGAAAUAAUCUUCUGUUGGUUAUUGUUGUUUUAUUUUGUAUAACGACACAGGGCCAGGCUGAGGAGGGGAGGGAGGCAAAG